AUGAGAGAAAUCUUCGAGAAAUUGUUAACAGUGCUUCUGCCUACAGUACCGCCUAUCUGCUAUGGAAGGAUGCUGGAGCGCCAAGCAGCUAUGAAGCAGCAAGAGUUAUCGAAUACAUCUGUAUCCUACGGCAGAAAGCCACCAACACCCCAGGAUGUUGAGUACACCUACUUCCUCAGCGUUUUACUCGACUCCCUCUAAACAAUGAAGGCAUCAUAGGCCACAUUCGAGUUUUGCUAUGUCUUUUAUUCAAAUCGCAC